AUGGCAGAGUCAAUUCAGUUGGAAGAAAUCAGUAACCAUAGCCACCAUUCCCAGGAUAAUGCUGCUGCUUCCGACGACGGAGAUGCUUAUCCCAAAGGCAUCAGACUCUUCCUCGUCGUGGUCGCCAUCAUCUUCAACGUCUUUCUCUCUGCCCUCGACUCAACCAUCAUAUCCACCGCUAUCCCACGCAUCACCGACAACUUUGGGCAUUUGGAUGACGUGACAUGGUACACGAGUGCCUACUCGCUCACUAAUUUCUCAUUCCUAUCAUCAUGGGGAAAAGCAUACAAAUAUUUCCCACUAAAAGGGACAUUUCUGUUUGCCGGCUUGAUUUUUCAAAUUGGAAAUGUCAUUUGUGCAACCGCUCAGAGUAGUCCCGCUUUCAUUGCCGGCAGGGCAAUUGGUGGUAUGGGCGGUGCGGGUAUCAUGAGUGGUGCGAUGAUUAUUAUUGGGACCUCGGUGAGACCGUCGCAGAGAGCUACUUAUAUGGGCACUAUUGGAGUAACUUUUGGUUGCGCCGGGGUUAUUGGCCCGUUAUUGGGCGGUGCGUUGACGGACCAUGCGUCAUGGAGAUGGUGUUUUUGGAUCAGUCUUCCAACCUGGGCGAUUGGCGCCACGGCAAUUAUCUUUGGUCUGAAGAAAACCGGUGCCGUGGCUGCUUCCUUUACCGAGAAGCUCAUCCAGAUGGAUUUCAGCGGUAGCCUGCUUGCUACAGGCGCAAUGGCCUGUUUCAUCACGGCCAUGCACUGGGGCGGCGCAACGAAGCCUUGGUCCAGUGGUGCUGUGAUCGGCAGUCUUGCUGGAUCCGCCGGGCUGGUGAUUUUGUUUAUGUUAAAUGAAUGGAAAAUGCACGAUAGAGCCAUGGUUCAAGGACAUUUGUUCAAGAAAAGCUCGUUUGUGGCCAAUCUCGUCUACAGUUUCUUUUUAGCUGGUCUGUACUUCCCACUGCUGUAUUCCCUGCCGAUCCAGUUCCAGUCGAUCGACAAUACCUCUGCAUCCCAGAGCGGCAUACGGAUGAUCCCCCUUAUCACGGGCAUUUCCAUUUGCACAAUGAUUUCCAAUGUGCUUAUUGGGAUGUAUCGCAAGUAUCUUCCACUUGCCGUGCUGGGGGCGCUGAUUGGCACCCUAGGCGUCGGUCUCAUCUAUAGCCUAAACGAGAACGCUUCUGUCGGGAAAUGGAUCGGGUACGAAAUAAUUACCGCUGUAGGCGUAGGUCUUGUCCUACAAUUACCUAUGGUCGCCAACCAAGCUCUCGUUUCUGAAAGCGACAUCGCACAAGCUACUACCCUCACAUUAUUUGUAGAGAAUAUGGGCACAACUAUCUUCAUCGCGGCUGGGGAAGCUGCCUUUACGAGUCGCCUCGUCUCGAGUCUGGCUGAUAAUGCGCCAAGUGUGGAUUCGGCAACGGUGAUUCGCGUUGGAGCAACCCAGAUCCGGAAUAUGUUCACUUCGGCGGACAUGGAGUCGAUUUUGAUCUCGUAUUUAGAUGGGUGUAAAGCGAACCAUGCGAUGUCGUUGGCGUGUGGCGCGCUUGCGACGGCAGUUUCACUAGUUAUGGCUGUUCCGGUUUUGAAAGAAAAUCUUAAGUUGAAGGGUGGUUUUACUUGGAAGAAACUUGUUUCGUGGGCUAUCAACGCAUAG